AUGGCGGACGGAGUAUUGCAACUCGUGUGCGAAUGCAAGCAUGACCCGUGGGGAAAACAAGGCAAAAGUUCACUUGCUGGGCGCUUUUGGUCGAAUAUGCCUGACGCGGGAAAGCUGGACGCCUCAGAGACUUACUCUGAAAUGUGGAUGGGGACGUAUCCUUCUGUGCCAUCUCGGAUUCGUUCUACUGGGAAGCUCCUCUCUGAGCAUCUCAAGAAUAAUCCCGAUCUUGUUGGACCCUCUGUUUGCGAUACAUACGGGCCUGACAUCCCUUUUCUUCCCAAGGUGCUCUCCAUUGCUAAAGCGCUUCCACUUCAAAUCCAUCCAGACAAAGCCCUUGCCGAGCAUUUGCACGCGAGGGAUCCUGAGAAAUUCGGCGACACCAACCACAAGCCCGAGAUCGCCAUCGCAUUGUCUCGCUUUGAAUUAUUCGUGGGAUUCAAACCACUUGACGAAAUUGCAGAGCUCAUGCGGCUGGAGCCAUUGGAGCAAUUUAUGCCAGCGCACAAGAACUUUGAUGACGGAGCUUUACGACAACUAUGCAAGAAUCUGUUAACCUUGCCCCCGGACACCGUAUCAGACGCCAUCACAAAACUACAAGAUACUCCUAUGUCUGAGUUUGGAAAUGAUCACCAUGUUCCGUCGCUCCUCGAUCGACUUAGCAAGCAAUAUUCAAAAUUUGAUAACGGGAACUUGGUCGCCGCUCUUCUAAUGAACUACAUGAUUUUGGAGCCUGGAGAAGCUGUCUGUGUCCCAGCCGACAGCAUCCAUGCGUACCUUUCAGGUGACAUUAUCGAGUGCAUGGCGCGGUCUGACAACGUCCUAAACACAGGCUUCUGCCCCCGUCCUGACCGUGACGAUGUCGAGUUAUUCGCACAGGCACUUACAUUCAAGCCACAUAACCCAGGAGAGUCUCUUCUCCAAUCGAAGAAGAGUCCGAUUGGAUUGAGAGGAAAGUCCAAUGAAUAUGCGCCUCCAUUCAGCGAGUUCAAUGUCUUGGGCGUGACCUUGUUUCCCCCGGAAACUGAGCAGCAUCGGGUGCUUGGGAGCCCCAGUGUCUUGAUUGUUACUCAAGGUUGUGGAAAGAUGAAUGUGGGUGAUGGAACAAUCCAUGAUGUAGGGGAAGGGAAUGUCUAUUUUGCCGCAAGAGACGCUGAGCUGGAGUUUUCGACAAAAACGGGGUUGACAUUGUACCGAGCGUAUGCCACGUUCUGA